AUGCAGUACAGUUGGCUGCCGCAGGAGCGACGUCAGGUGACGAUAAGGGAGAAGCCACCAUUGGUUAUUUCCCUGCAGCGUUAUGGGCGUCUCCAAUGGAAUGCCAAUCAGUUGGCGCGGGAGAAGCAACUGCACAGGCAGCAACAACAACAAAGGUACGAGGAGCAACUGCGACUGGGCGGCGAGGAGCUACUGCGUCAAUUUGCCGGACGUAAACUGUGCCGGACACAGCAGGAGCAAUGCUUCAGUGCACAGCGGAGGCAGAAGCAGGAACAAGAGCAGACUAAACAAAGUUCACAGGAGGCAAGUCUCGCCGAGCAACGGGAGGAACAAAGGCGACAACGGGAACGCAUUGAGAAGGCACAGCAGCUGUUGGAGCAACUGCGUCCGGGACCACGAGAACUGCUCUGUGCCAAGCUGCAGAGCGAGGUGAUGCGUGGCGUCAACGUCCAGAGGCAACUGCAGUCGCAGAUUGCGGCAGCAGCGGAGCAACAACGAACGCUGGACAAGCGCAUCUAUGGCGAGCAGGUGCUCAAUGGCCUGGAGGAGGCGCAAAUGCGUCACUGCGAACAACGCCGCCAGCUGGGCGAGCACAAACGAGACUUGCUCCAGUCCAUAAAGCAGCGUCAAGAGGAACGCAAUGCAGCCAAGGCGAAGGAAUUGGAGAUUGCACAGCAGGAACGUCAGAGGAAUGAGCAACAGCUCAAGGAGCAACUGGACAAAGAACGUGCCGCUCAAGCGCACAAGUUGCAACAGCGACGGGAGCAUGCUCUCGCCGCCUUGGAGGCCACCGAGCAGCGUCAGCAGCGUCUCCAAAUGCUGGAGGAGGUGGAGCAGAUGCAGUGCGACGUGCACAACGAGGCCAAGGCCAAGCUGGACAGCCUGAAGAUCGACCAGGCCAGGCAGCGUGUCCAGCGACGUCUGCAGCGCAAUGAACAGCUGGCCAAGGAGCUGGCGCCACGAUUGCAUUACAGCGCUGGCGAGGAUCAGGCGCGACAUGUGCGUCAGUUGGAUGAGAUGCGACGGGCGCACAGCGUCGAGCAGCAAACACGUCGCCAGCGACUGGAAAAGGUCAAAUCAGAGCGUCUAGCGAUGCAACGAGCGGAGCAGCAGCAGGCGGAGCUGGCCAAGGAAAAAGCUAAAAACGAACGACGUGAGGAUGUGGAAAGACGACUCCAAAACGAGCUCAUCCAUGUGCAGUUCAAGCGACAACAGCGUCAGGAGCAAUUGCGUCGUCAACACGAACUACGCGCUCAACUGGACAAGCAACAACAACAGCUGCUCGAGGAACAGGCUCGUCCUGACACCAACUACAACCGCCUGGCGCAACUGGAGUGUCUGCGGGAGGAUGCCUUCUUCGUGGACUACGCCCACAGGCUCAUGGCUGAGGCCCACAACAAGAAUUGCCCCCUUAAGCCCUUCUGGCGGGUUGUUGAACAAUACAAGAGAGAGAAUCGCAUUGGUGCCGAGAUUCAAAUCCCGCCGCAUCUCAUCACCAAGCUGACCAUGGGACGACGCACCAAAGGCGACAGUCUGGCGGAGAAAGAGCAGCAGGAGAAGCAGAAGAACACGGAAGGAGAGGGUAAAGAUCAACCUCCAAAUGAGGAAGAGAAAUACAUGAAGAACAUCAAAGAGAAUCUCAAGAAAAUUGAAGCACUCGUGCUGGCAGAAGCGAAGCAGAAAGCAGAGACGGUAGAAAAAUAGGAGGAAGAGAAUGGGAGAAAACACUGAAAGCUCUAAAAUACACAGUCAAUCUUCCCUAAAGUCAACUUUAUUAAAG